CGGCGGGGCCGGUGCCGGUAAAGCGGCGGAGCGGCCGCGGGGGGGGGGACACCCCGCACGAUGGAGGGCCACCUGGCGCGUUGCAAGAUCGUGGUGGUGGGGGACACGCAGUGCGGCAAGACGGCGCUGCUGCACGUCUUCGCCAAGGAUUGCUACCCCGAGAGCUACGUGCCCACCGUUUUCGAGAACUACACGGCCAGCUUCGAGAUCGACAAGCAGCGCACCGAGCUCAACAUGUGGGACACCUCAGGCUCAGCCUACUACGACAACGUCCGGCCCUUGGCGUACCCGGACUCGGACGCGGUGCUCAUCUGCUUUGACAUCAGCCGCCCCGAGACCCUGGACAGCGUGCUCAAGAAGUGGCAAGGGGAGACUCAGGAGUUCUGCCCCAACGCCAAGAUCGUGCUGGUGGGCUGCAAGCUGGACAUGCGGACGGACCUGAACACGCUGCGGGAGCUUUCCAAGCAGCGCCUCAUCCCCGUCACGCACGAGCAGGGCAGCGCGCUGGCGCGGCAGAUCGGGGCGGUGGCGUACGCCGAGUGCUCCUCCAAGGUGUCGGAGAACAGCGUGCGGGACGUCUUCCACGUGACCACACUCGCCUCCGUCAACAGGGUGCACAAGAACUUGAAGCGCUCCAACUCCAAGCGGGGACUGAAGCGGGCGUCACAGAUGCCCGGCAGGACGGACUUACUGAACGACACGGAGAUCAGGAAAGACCGAGCCAAGAGCUGCUCCAUCAUGUGAAAAACAGGGCUGUAAAUAACGUGUGUGUGUUGUCCAUUUUGUACAGUAAGCGGCCAAGACCAGGGCACGGCGCUGGCUGCGGGAGCCAGCCUGCCUUUCCGAAGCCUUUCUCGGUCUCUGUAGGGCCAAGCAAAGGUCCCAGCUCCAAACCGGGGUGCGGGAGGCACCCCCCACCGCGGAGACCCCUGGGUCGGCUGCCACUGUGCUGAUUGCUUGGGGUAAAGGAACCACUUGACAGAGGAGCGUUCGGGUGCUGCGAGGUCCGCGGUUGGGUGGAACAGAGCAAAAGGGAGCGAUGCUGCGUGCGUGCCGCCCUCCCGUCCCCACGGCCCAGCCUCCGGGUGAUGAUACAUGGACGGCGCGGGGUGGGGGCUCGGUGGGACCUGGGCUGGAGGCUGGGAGGGGGGAACCGUGAGCAGCAGGGGGAUCAGGAGACGGUCCUCUUCCCAUCUGCCUUUAGAAGAAGUGGUGUUUGAGCUGGUGCUGCCUGCAGCUGGGCUGGACGGGGAGCCCCCAAGGAAGGUGCAGGGCUGGGGGAGGCUCCUUAACCUGGCGAGGCACCACAGCAGGCCCCCUCCUGCGGAGAACGUAGGUAGGCAUCUCUUCUCAUGGUGCUUUAGAUACUUGAACUCCCGUCAAACUGCAGCGGCGUGGAUCUGGCUGCAGGGUCUGUCCUCGUAGAUGCAUCCUGCAAAUUGUGGUUCCCUUCAGCAAGCAAAUGCCGCUCGGGAGCUGGUGGCCCAGCUGCUGCCAGCCUGGUUCCUCAUCGGGCCGCUCCCUGCCGCGGGCAGGCGCGCCGCCAGGCACGUGGCUUCCCCAAAAGCAGACUGCAAUAGCAGCCCAUGUCCUGUUCCCCCGCCCGUUUCCAGCUGCAGAUUGUGUUGCAUGGUGCUGUGUUUGUCUGCUACAGGUACCCAAAAGGACUGUACGCGUCCCUGCACCCUGGCCCCGCCGUGGCAGCGGGAGGGCAGGUGCCCCCUGCCCCUCCUGUACAGCCUGCUGCUGCCAACACUUCUCGUUGCUUCUGCUGCUGCCCUCUCUAAAUGCCUUUGACUACAGUGUUAGCCUUGACCUAAUGUCACAUAGACACUUUAUGGAAAAAAAAAAAAAAAUCUGCUCCAUUGCCAGUUCCAGCUGUGUCAGUGGGCUACAGAAAACAAAUAAACAUCGUUGGAAAAUG